AUCACAAUCAUCACGAAUUGAGACUGCGACCAGGACACAGUGUUCUGUCAGUUGAUGCAAUUGCUAGUAUUUAUAAAAGUGAGCUUAUAACACUGCAGCAUUUCAGUGACUCACUAUGCAUUUUUUAAAAGAUGCUCGCUCUGGUAUUAUAAAUAAGUUUAAAUUAAUAUGUACGAUAUGAGUUGAAUCCUUGCAAGUGUGUGUUUCGCUUUGCGCGCAUGCGCUUGGAGGCUACAAUUUCGUCAUGGCUGACACGGGCUGGCCAGGCUGUUCGAAGAGUUUGAAAGGUGUAAUAUUGGACAUGUGUGGUGUUUUAUAUGAGAGCGGGGAGGGCGACGGGGUUGCCAUUCCUGGUUCGAUUGAAGCUGUAAAAAAACUGAAGGCAUCUGACCUGCAGCUGCGCUUCUGCACCAAUGAGACCCAGGCCACCAGAGAGAAGUUUGUAGCCAAGCUCCAAAGACUGGGCUUUGACAUCUCCGUGUCUGAGGUCUUCUCUCCUGCUCCUGCAGCCGUAGCUGUCCUGAAGGAGAGGGCUUUACGGCCUCACCUGCUGGUGUAUGAUGGACUUCUCCCUGAGUUUGACAGUGUUGACAAGACCAACCCAAACUGUGUGGUGAUAGGAGACGCAGCUGAACAAUUUUCCUACCAGAACCUAAACGAGGCAUUCAGUGUCCUUAUAGGACUGGAGAAUCCAAUGCUGUUCUCUUUGGGCCAAGGGAGGUACUACAAGGAGACAGAUGGUUUGAAACUGGAUGUCGGGGUGUACAUGAAGGCUCUGGAGUAUGCCUGUGAUUUAAAGGCUGAAGUAGUUGGAAAGCCAUCCCCAACAUUCUUCCAGAGUGUUCUCAAUGACAUGGGGCUUCAACCACAUGAGUCACUGAUGAUUGGGGAUGAUCUGGUGAAUGAUGUGGGUGGGGCGCAACACUGUGGAAUGAAAGGCGUACAAGUCAGGACUGGGAAAUACAGGCCCAGUGACGAGAGGCACUCAACGGUGAUGGCUGACGGCACUGUGGACAAUCUGGCUCAGGCUGUGGACAUGAUCCUCAAUCAGAGGAACUGAGUACAAGGCAGGACACUGGAACCCACCACUUACUGUGACCCCGGCUGAUAAAGGCUGGUGCCCAGCAGUGUUUUCAUAUCCAGUAGGAAGGGUUUACUGCAUUGAGGUAUUUUAAGUAGCAUGUCAAAGCAGUACAAAACUAAAAUACCAUCCAAAUACUUUAUAUCCUCUAACUGUCAAAACUCAUUGAACUGUCAAAUAUGGGAAACAUCCAUCUGAUGCUCCACGUAGCAUGAAAUAAACUAGAAUUGAAUUUGCAGAACUAUUACUUAAGUCUACAAGAGAUAAGCUGAACACUUUAGGGCUGCACUGUGCAUUUGCCAGUACAUGGAUGGCAUAGAUAAGAUACUUCAAUUUGACACAAAUGUGCUUGUAACCAGCUGCCAGACAGUUUCUAGUCAUACUGGCUUUGCACAAUUGAAAUGCAGCUGUAGUGUAUUUUAACAUACAUUGAUAAAUGUGCAAUUAUUGUUGUUGCUCACUCCCUUUACACAAAAAAUGCACAACCUUAAUAUACCGGCAGGGAGUAGUCAAUAAUGCAAGUAUUAUUAAAAUAAAGCAAUUUUUACUAGCUGUUAAAAACAUUUGUCUCUCUAAAUUCUCCCUAAAGUCACAGAACGUCUCAAAGCACUUGGGGAAAACGUAGCCUUGGAUCUGGCUUAAACAUAUAUAUGAAGUAGUUCUACUUUGUUACUAUACAUCUCAGACCUAAUCUGCACUGUGUCAUACUUACUUGAGAGAAGUGUAAAUCGAAAUUGGCUGUGUGACAGUUUUGCUUCUUUCUGCACGCACCUCUGUGUAUGUGCUAGUGUGUUAACCACAUUAACCGAUGGGAAGGUUGUCAUGCCUUUCAUCCCACAGUCAGCUACCUUCACAAUGAAAUGAAGAAGAAGCUGUCUCCUUAUGUUAAACACCCCCCAUUUUCCUUGUAUGUAUGAGUAAUUUGUAUCCACUUUCAUUUUAUGGAGGCACGGCCUGUCCUUAAUAAAAUUGUAUCCAUGUUUUUAUAGA